UCACAUAUCCAUUCUUGUUUACAUAUCUUCCUCUUCUCUCUUGCUCAUCGGAUUUUGUUUUCCCCUGCACAAAUUCAUCGCAAUCCGUUACCUUUUUGCCAUUCAAUUCGUUAAUCUUUGCUCACUUCUCUCUCUACAAUCAAAUAAACAAAACGGUGAAUCUACAUGCAUAGCUUCUCUUGAUCAAUGAGCGUCGAUGGUGCUUUUCAAUUUUACUGGCUGUUGAAGGAUUGCGGUUUGUAUUAUUCUUAAUUACGUUGCUCUUAAGAAGCGGCCGCCUUGUCGUUUUAAAUUAGGGUUUGUUAUGUUCUUGACUUUUAUCAGGAAUUUUUAAUUUUUGUAUAGAGUGUAUGUCGAUGCCCGGACCGGAAUCGAUUGUUAAUUUGGAUCGUUUUUGGUAGAAAUUGAGGGUUGAUUUGAUGAUUAUCAAGUGGGGUUAAGUUUUUUACAAACCCUAGUCGAGGUGUAAUUACGUACAUAUAGAUCUGAGUACAGAGUAGCAGUUUAUGUUAACGUCGAAGUUAAUUGAAGCAAAAAACAUGGAUCAUGUUGUUGGUGGAAAGUAUAAGUUCGGGAGGAAGAUUGGGAGUGGAUCUUUUGGUGAGCUUUAUUUAGGUGUUAAUAUUCAAAGUGGGGAAGAAGUUGCUAUUAAGCUGGAACCCACCAAGACAAAGCAUCCUCAACUUCAUUAUGAAUCAAAAAUAUAUAUGCUUCUUCAAGGAGGAACGGGAAUACCCAACCUUAAGUGGUAUGGAGUUGAGGGCGAGUACAAUAUCAUGGUCAUUGACCUCCUUGGACCCAGCCUCGAAGACCUUUUCAACUAUUGCAAUAGAAAGUUUACCUUGAAGACAGUUCUAAUGCUUGCAGAUCAACUAAUAAAUAGGGUUGAAUACAUGCAUGCAAGAAGUUUUCUUCACCGUGACCUAAAGCCUGAUAAUUUCUUGAUGGGCCUGGGCCGCAAGGCAAAUCAGGKAUACAUCAUUGAUUUCGGCCUUGCAAAAAAGUUUAGGGAUCUUCAAACUCAUAAACAUAUACCAUAUAGGGAAAACAAGAACCUCACAGGCACGGCUCGCUAUGCUAGUGUCAACACACACCUUGGAGUUGAACAAAGUAGGCGGGAUGAUUUGGAAUCUCUUGGUUAUGUUCUUAUGUAUUUCUUAAGAGGAAGCCUUCCGUGGCAGGGACUGAAAGCAGGAAACAAGAAGCAAAAAUAUGACCAGAUAAGCGAAAAGAAGUUAUUGACUCCAAUAGAGGUGUUAUGUAAAACAUAUCCAUCAGAGUUCAUAUCGUAUUUCCACUAUUGUCGAUCAUUGAGAUUUGAAGACAAACCUGACUAUUCAUAUUUGAAGAGGCUUUUCCGAGACUUAUUUCUUCGUGAAGGCUAUCAAUUUGAUUAUGUGUUCGAUUGGACCAUAUUGAAGUAUCCACAAAUUGGAACCAGCUCUAGAGUACGACAACAUCAAAGUGGGAAUGGUGGUCAAAAUGUUGGGACGUCAGCAGGAAGGACCUUAGGUGGACAAGAUGUUCGUGAUAGGUUCAGUGGUGCAGUAAGAAAUCCGUCAGGUGGCGGUCGCCAUGAACAUUCUAGAAACAGGGCUUCGGAAGAUGUACCUUCCUCCAAGGAUGUCCAAGCUGAUUCGGAAAAAGUGCGAUCUUCUCGAAACGGGAGCUCAGCAAAACGUGGUGCUCUGAAACCGAGUUCCUCAGGUGAAGCUACAGAUGGGAGAUCAAGCCGAGUUGUGUCGAGUAGUGGAGGGCGGUUAUCGACUAGUCAAAGAGUCCAACCAUCGGGCUUUUCUGGUACUUCGAAGGAUCCUCUCAGAAGCUUCGAGUUCCUUCAGAUCAGGAAGUAAAAUUGCACAUGUAAAAAUGGCAAUAUUUCAUGUUUUAAGCCACACAAUGGAUAAUCUGGGAAUUUUACCCAUGAGACUUGGUUAAAAGCCAAUACUUGUGUAGGUUGUUUGUUUUGCACUUCUGUGUGAUUAUUUACAUCAGAUCAGAACAAAUGAAGCUAAAAAAGUUCAAUCAUUUCCUUUGCAUAUAAGCAGAAUAAAGGUUGGUUUGUUUACAACUAA